AUGGCUCGUUUUGUGUGUUCUACGCUGAUUCUAAUCGCCAUAAACUGUGUAUUUCACACAUACGGACACACUACGAUUAGCGACAACGGUUAUGACGGCAUUGUGGUAGCGAUACAUGCUGAUAUUUCCGAACACCAGGAUCUGAUAGAUAAAAUAAAGGAUGCCUUCACCGAUGCAUCAGCAUUUCUGUAUACGGCAACCAAUAAUCGUGUUUAUUUUCGAAAUAUAACUAUACUGGUGCCAACAGAAUGGUCGGAAGAUCUUGGAUAUGUAAUGUCUACAUCUGAAACUUAUGAAACUGCCAAUGUCCGUGUUGACAAAGGAGCUGGGACUGACAAUAGGCCAUACACACACCAGUCGGUCUAUGCGGGGAGUAAAGUAAUAGUUCAUGAAUGGGGACACCUACGUUGGGGGUUAUUUGACGAAUACACAGUUGAUGAAGAUGAAAGCCAUUUCUAUUUUGACGCAAACGGAGAACUUCGUCCAGUUGCCUGUCAUCCACGGAUAACAGGGAGUAAUCCUUGUGAAGACAGGGGUGCAGAUGAAUUACCAUUGCCCGAUUGUGUGUUUCACCCUAAUCAUGCGCAACCCGAUGACUUACCUAUCAAAUCGUCUAUUAUGUUCGCCCAGUGGAUUGACGCGGUUGAGGAAUUCUGUCAUGACGACCCGUCCGAUGAGUAUAGUUAUCACAACAGAAUGGCUCCGAACAGACAGAAUCGAAUAUGUAGCGGUCAGAGUGCUUGGGGAGUCAUGCUAAAUCAUACUGACUUCAAAGAUGGUAAUAACCCUACUCGAAUCAUUGACGAUACGACUCCUAAUUUUAUCAUUAAACGGAGCGGAGUUCGACGAGUGGUCUUGGUACUUGAUACAUCUGGCAGUAUGGAUGGAGAUCGAAUUCAAAGACUUCAUCAAUCGGCAACAUAUUUCAUUGAAACCAGGAUCGAAGAUGGUAGUUUUGUGGGAAUUGUAGGCUUCUCAUCUUAUGCAGUUAUUCAUUCUGGUAUUACGGAAAUAAAAUAUGGAUUCCAGCGUGGUGAAAUUGCAUCUAAUGUCCCACAGGUGGCUAGUGGGGCAACCAGUAUUGGAGAUGGUUUAAGAGUUGCACUUCAGGUAUUACAAGAUGGCAAUGUGACGUCAGAGGGGGCAUCGUUGUUACUUAUCACUGACGGGAUAGAAAAUACUUAUCCCUUAUUAAUGAAUGUAAUGCAAGAGGUAUACGACUCGGGUGUCCGUGUAGACACGAUUGCGUACACAGAAGCAGCACAGAGUACACUCCAAGAAUUGUCAGAUAAUACUGGUGGUUUGUACUUUUAUGUACCAGAUAAUGAUACUUCAACCGCGUUCAUUGAUUCAUUAGCAGCAACGAUCAGUGAAAAUCCACUUGGAAACUCAGAUAUCAUACCAAUCACGCUGGAAUCAAGUGUGAUAUCUUUAACAAGAAGUGAGAUGACCUACGAAGAUAUACUAUUCUUAGAUUCAAGCUUAGGAAAUCGAACAAUAUUUUCAUUCCUAUUUUCGGACACUGUCUUUGAUGUCGCUCUACUGUCCCCCACUGGGGGAUGGAUUGAUAAAUACUACAAGGGAUAUGCCGUCAAUGUAGAACAACGUAGAGUCGCUAUUGAAAUACAAGGAACAGCAAAGGCUGGCAUGUGGAAGUAUAUUAUUUACAACAGUAAUGGCACCGCAGAUAAUGUAAAGAUAAUACUAGAAUCCCGUGUGAAAUAUGAAGAUGACGAACCUAUCCGAGUUUUAGGAAGAUUGAGCAAAACCACAUUGAAUUAUGACGUAGACCCGCAGCUGGUGGUGAGAGCGGAAGUGAAAAAGGGAUAUUCUCCCGUCAUUGGUGCCCAUGUCAUUGCAACAAUUGAUACACCAAGUGGUCAAGUAGUAUUAACGUUAUUGGACAAUGGCGCAGGCUGGUCAUCGGAGGCACACUAA